CCUUCCCUGCGACGUUGAAGUCUUUGCGUAUUGGAGUCUUGGUGUGAGCUCCGACCCUCCGAUCAUCACUUUCUCCGUAAACUCCAGCUUUUGAUUCAUGAAAGAUGAUGGGUUUUGGGUCUUACGGUUGUAAUGGAGGAUCUUCCUUAUCUGCUUUAGCUCAACCCUUCACCGUUGAGCGACCAAUUACAAAACCUCCCACAACCCCACUUGUGGAUCUGGCUGAACCAUCAUUCAAUCCUUCCUUGAGUCCCUCUAUGCAGAAUUGGGUCAAUUCCUUUAGACCUGAUUACUUCUCAGAAUUGGAUUCGAUGCCUUCCACAAAACCAUACCAUUACUCGGGUCCCAACCCAUUUAACCAACCUCAGUCUGCCCCUACUCCUUUGGAUCCAAUUGCCAGAGCCUCAAAUGAUGCUUUUUCCUAUAACCCCAAUCCGGAUUGUGUUAAGAAUGAUUUUGUUGAAGUUCAACCCUAUUACCCUUCAUAUAUCUCGCCUUCAGUUCAAUUUUCUACUCCUCAUGUUGUUACCUUCAAUGGAUCCACGCCUGACCAGAGGUUGUCUGGUUUGGAGCACACAACUCAGUGGGGUGGCUUGUGGGAGGGUUUGCCAGAUUGGGGGCACAGUAAAACGGUGGAUGUCGGCGGAAGUUUCUACCCAAAUGAGAUGAAUAUGGCUUCUCCAUCCAUUUCUGAGGAUCCAUUGAACUUAGGGGUGAAGGAAUCCAGGGGUGCAAAGUCAUAUGAAGAAACUACCAUAGGUGCUUGUCUGCUUUCUAAGGAGAAGCAAGUUGAGUCUGCUAAUAUAGGAAAGCUUGAUUUUGUACCUGUCAUUGGGCAAACUCCCUCAUCGAUGUCUGCUUUAGGAGUUCCAGAUUUACAAAUAACCCUAGGAAACCCAGUGAAUCCCAAGAAAAAUCUGGUUCCAUUCAGCAAUACUUAUGGAAAUUUCAUGAGAGAGCUUGGUACACCUUCAAACGAUGGUCCAUCUCAUGGGCUUGUCAUCAAGCCACCAGCUAUUGGAAGUAGUUCUUCAGUAUCCAUUACAGUUCCAUUCAGAAAUUUUAACACUGUCAGUGAUGCAACCAAUAUUGAUUCUACUUGUGUUAAUCCCUCUAGCAUGAAGGAGCCCUGUCCUCUUCUAGGCCCUGCCAGCAGACUCCACUUCGAUCCUAACCAAUCAAACAUUUACCUUGAUGGAAAUCAGCAUCUAUCUCCUGAAUUAUCAUCAGGAAAAAAUGAAGAACUUUUAACCAACAAAAUUGGCUCUAAGGAUACAUCUGAUCAGUUCUGUGUGAGAUCCCAAGUUCAAUUUUCUCAUGUUAGUUCAAAUUGCUUCAAUACAACCACUGAAAAUAAUGUUGGGAUUCAAGUUGAGAAUUCUUCAGAGAGUUCAGAUCAUUACCCUGCUGAUGAUUCACCUUGCUGGAAAGGAGCUCCUAUUUCUCUUUAUUCACCUUUUGGUUCUUCUGGGGCAGUUGCUACAGAGCUUCUAAGGAAACCAGAAGCAUGCAGUGAAUCAAAUAGGAAAGUGGGAUCCAACCAUGGAAGACCAAGUUCUGGCAAUGGGUUUGAAUUUUCUGAUGACAUAGAUCAACUAAGGAAGGAAUAUUUCUUAUCCAAUAAGUCAAUAAAUGAGUCUGACCUUAAGCUGUCUUGCACCAGGCAUCAAGUCCUUGAAGAAGGAAAUUCUCCUUGUUCACCAUCUUCUGGAGAAGAUAUUCCUGCUAAGCAUGUGGACUCUCAUGGCAAAGAGUCCUCUCAAAUGAUUAAUGUCCACGUACUGAUUGGUACAAUGCAUAGCCUGUCAGAAUUGCUUCUAUUUCAUUGUUCUAAUGAGGAAAGUGAAUUGAAGAAGCAGGAUUUUGAGGCCCUUAAAAAUGUAGUUUGGAAUCUGGAUAAAUGCAUGCGAAAGAAUAUUGGACGUGAAUUAUCAGCUGAUCCUAACAAGGGCAAAGGCAAGGGAGAUUCUCCACCAGAAGCCGUUGAUGUUCUUGGGGAUCCUUCUCAUAGUCAUUUACUAGAGAAAAGAAAGCAAUCUGGUGAGAAAGAAGGGGAAUCUUCUGAUUUUCUUUUGGUUAGGGAUCAUGCAGAGAUAAAAGUGAAAGAUGAUAAGAAUCAUAAGAUGACUCUGGCUAUAAAGAAGGUUCUUAGCGAGAACUUUCAUGAGAAGGAAGAGAUACACCCACAAAUUCUCUUGUAUAAGAAUCUAUGGCUUGAGGCAGAAGCUGCAUUAUGUUCUAUUAAUUAUAUGGCUCGUUAUAAUCGCAUAAAGAUGGAGAUGGAACUAUGCAAAUUGGACCCAGCAAAAAUGGAGAUGGAACAAUGCAAGUUGGACUCAGCAAAAGUUUUGUCUGAAGAUGCCACAGAUGAAGAGAAGAUAUCAAACAUUUCUUCUUACAUAAAGACAGACGAGAAGUCAACACCUGCAUCCCGGGGUGGGCCAAGCACAGAUGUGUUGGUCCAAGAUUCCCCUAUCAUAAGCACAAGUACCAAUGCCAAUGAUGUCAUUGCGAGAUUUCGUAUCCUCAGGAACCGGCUUGAGAAUUUGAAUUCUAAUGAUGCUGUGGAUGAGGAGAAAAUCUCAAGCCCUAAAGUUUGUCCCACAAUGGAUAAGGUUGACAAAUUGGAUCCUGAAGUGAAUUAUAGUCAAAUAUCAGAACUUUCUCUCCAGGAUGAUAUUGAGGCAUCUGUAAUGUCUAGGCUCCAUAUACUGAAAAGCCGUGUUGACAAUUCAAGUUCCAUGGAUAUGGAAUUGCAACCACUUCCAAGGGGUGUUGAUCUUGGAUUUGCAGGGCUGAAAAAACGGUGGUGGAUCAAAAAUGAUGGAGCGGAGGAUGGAAUGUCAGAUGAAAAUGUGGAACCUGUAGAACUUCAUGAAGUGGCCAAUCAUGCUGGGGACACUGUGAAAGGAUUCCAUCUACAGGUAAAGCAUGAUGAUUCCAUCUGCCAGUCUCUACAGAUCAACAGGCUAGGAAAUCAACUCUCAGCAAGCUUUUAUGAUAACUAUUCUUCAGACUGGGAGCAUGUUUUGAAGGAGGAGCUUUCAGGGCAGAACCGUUGCAGCUGAACUGGAUGGUCGAGGCCAAGGGCACGCUGUACUUGAAUGCUAUGCUGUCUUGCAGUUGAUAUCUGUAAAUAAUAACUGCAGGAAAUGCUUAAACAAUAGUUGCUUAUUACUAGAGUACCUAACCAAACUUGUAAAAUGCAUCUGAACCGUGCAUAUCAUCGUCUCUUUCUUAUAUAAUUUGUAUGAAGUUACUCUCUAAAUGUGAUGUUUGGUUUGAUGAUGGAAUGGAAUAGCUUUUCUAUAAUUCUUGCUUGAAAGAUAAUGGAACUUCAUAUAAAUUUCUUGAAGAAUG